AUUCCAUGAUACUGAAAGAUCUAAUGGAAGAAAAACAGUUGAAUUUUAACCAGCCACUGUUAUCAGUGAGGCGUUUCUCAUCAACAGUGGCCAAUGAAGCAGACCGCAGAAGCAAAACUGAUUACAAAUUAGCCAGACUUCCACCUCCUCUUGCUUACCAUUCAGAGUUAAAGUCAGUUCCUGUGAGGAAUGCUGGAACUGUGCCUUUUGUAUGGGAGAAAGCCCCAGGAAAACCCAAAGAUGAAAGCAAGUUACAGACACAAGCUGCCGAGCAGCCUAUUGGGAGAGUAUCAGAAAUCAAGCAACAAUCAGUUACUGAGAUGAGAACCGGAAGCUCCUUUUUUUCCAACUCUCAAAGGGUUGCAUCUUUGGAUAAAAGAGUAGCAAAAUAUUCAAAAGAUGGAAAUAUGAAGAAGGAAAGUUCUUAUUCAGAUGAUGGAGAUGAAUCCUAUAAAGAUUGUCUCGACACACUUUCCAGGAGUGAGUCAUUCUUCACGAGCUGUAGUUUAUCUGGUUUGAGUGGCUGGGAGGAACAAGAGGCUCAAUCAUAUGGGAGUUUCUCAAGUGAUCAUCUACAAGCUCGUGAUUUCAUGAUUGAUAGGUUCUUCCCUGCAGCAACAUCUGAAGCACCACAUCAUGUGUCCAAGAAGGAGCUUGUUGGACAAGAACAACAAAAACAGAAAAAGAGAGAAGCGAACGUAGAAGAAAGUAUUGACUGCAAUGAAUACGAAAAAUGCACAACUACUACUUGUGGGCUAUUUCCUCGGUUCUGUCUUUUGAAUCCAAUACCUGGAUUAACAAUGGAUAAGGUUCAAAGAAAAGCGGCUCAUCGAAUGCAUGCUAAAUCAGGUGCUUCUUACAUUGGAUCUACAAAAGGGCAAGUUAGAACUACCUGUGGGUUUAAAGCAAAAAAAGAGAUUUUGGAUACUCUAGUAAAAUCUAGACAUGGCACCGAUCCACAUCAAAGAGUUCGCAGAAAAAUAGCAUCCUCUGAGAGCAGUCAACAUGAUUAUGAAAGCCAUGUUCAUGAGAAAACAAUGUAUGUGGAUUCUGUAAAUAAGGUCACCUCUCAAACCAAUACCAGAGGGGGUGAUUAUGAGACUUCGAGAAGAGAUAAUAGCGUUUACAAUAAUCCUUCAAUAGAUUCAAGUUCUGAAAUGAUUGCAUUUAAGGAGAUGAGUUCAGAAAGUCAAUGUUACAGCAGGAGAAACAAUUCUAAUAGCCUCAAUCAAAAUUCAGAAGUUGAGUUGAAGAGCCAUUUAUCAGCCAAAUGGGUAGAUAAAGAAUGUUGUAUGGAUAGCUCAAAGGUAAGAUAUGAUGGGAAGAAUGCCUUAGAGAGACAACGUUUUACAGAGUCGGGCCACCAAGAAACAUCUGGUGCAAGCUGUUUUGGACUUCCUUUGGUCCUACCUUCACNGCAGAUUUGGAUUUAG